CGACUCUCUCUCUCUCUCUCUUCUUUGGCGAGAGCUCGGCGAUGGCUUCUAUGAGAUUGUGUCCGACGAUUCCGGCGAUUGAGGGUAGAUUUAAGAGAUAAAAAUGGUGUAUGAGCGUGUGUUCGGCCGGAUUCGUCAUCCCCAGAGCCGCUGCUUACCAUCGGCGAUGGAAGAUUAAGCAAAUCAGAGAUCCAUAUCUUCGGAAUCAGAGAGUAAUCGAUGAAGGAAGCUCCCGUUUGUUUCUAAUGGAAGGGGCAAUGCUGAAAUCAGUACUUUACUUAGAACUCGCUGAACGUGGUGGCGAAGUAGCUGCUGCUCACGUCAAGGAAGUUAUACACCAACAGCUUUCUGCAACUUCUCGUGGUCAUGUCAUACUAGAGCUGUCAAAAUGGGCGGGCCGCCCAUGGGCUAUGGGUAAUGAAGAAACUCUAAACCUAGACGAUGACUAUAUGACUGGAGAUGAGAUGGAUAUGGAUGAAGAGAAUCAGAAUGAAGAACAAGAGGAAGUAGAUUCACUUGCUAGUACAGCUGAGAACUUGGUGAAAGGUAAACGUAGGCGUAAGCGUUCACAGUGCUGGAAAACCUUUAGAAUCAUUGGAUCUAGUAAGAAAAAUGGUGUGAUUAUAAGUGAUGUGAGAUGCAACUAUUGCAACCACACCUAUAGCUUAGACCUGCGUAGAAGUGGUACAAAUACUCUCUUGCGUCACAUGAGAGGCUGUUCACAGACUCCUGGAAGUACACCUACUGGAAAUAGAAAGCUAGAUAUGAUGGUGUUUAGGGAAAUGAUAGGUUUAGCAAUAAUUGAGCAUGAUUUGCCUUUCUCAUUUGUUGAGUAUCAACGGAUUAGAGAGGCAUUUCAAUAUGCUAAUUCUAGCAUAGAGUUUUGGAGUAGAAACACCGCAGCUGCGGAUUGUCUGAAGAUCUAUGAGAAAGAGAAGCUGAAACUUAGGAAGAAAUUAGAUGAGGUUCCUGGUAGAUUGUGUUUGACAACUGAUCUUUGGAGAUCCCUUACCAUUGAAGGGUACAUGUGUUUGACAGCGCAUUACAUAGAUAGCAGCUGGAACUUGAAGGCAAAGAUCUUAUCUUUCUGUGCCUUCCCUCCUCCACACACAGGAGCCGGUAUAGCUACAAAGGUGUUAGCAUUGUUAAAAGAGUGGGGGAUAAAGAAGAGAUUGUUUACCAUUACGGUAGACAAUGCGUCUUCCAAUGACAACAUGCAAGGAAUCCUCAAGAGACAGCUUAAAAAACAUUUGGUAUGCAAUGGAGAAUUCAUGCAUAUAAGAUGCAAUGCUCAUAUUUUGAAUUUGAUUGUGCAAAAGGGGCUUGAAGUAAUUGAUGAAGCUUUGGAGAAAAUCCGUGAGAGUGUGAAGUAUGUGACAGUGAGUGAGUCUAGAGAGCAAGCAUUCCAAACGUGUGUUGAUACUGUGGGAGUUGAAUCUAAAGCAGGGCUGUUAUUAGAUGUAUCUACAAGAUGGAAUUCUACACAUCUAAUGUUAGAGAGAGCCAUCAUUUACAAAGAAGCAUUCCGGCAUCUUUCUGAAGUAGAUGCAAGUUAUCAAAGUUGUCCAUCCACUACAGAAUGGGAGAGAGCUGAGUUAAUUCAUGAGUUCUUGACCCCAUUUGCAGAGAUGACGAAUUUGAUCUCUGGAUCAUCUUAUCCAACGGCGAAUUUAUACUUCAUGCAAGUAUGGCAGAUUGAAAUGUGGUUAAAAAGCCAUGAAGACCACUAUGAUGAAGUAAUCCGUGACAUGGUGAUUGGUAUGCAAGAGAAGUUUGGUAAAUAUUGGAGUGAGUAUAGUGAUAUCCUUGCCAUUGCGGCAGUGUUUGAUCCUAGACUGAAGUUCCCUAUGUUGGAGUAUUGCUUCAAUACACUUGAUGCUUCCAGUUCUAAAUCUAAGAUUGAUCACUUGCAUAAGAAGCUGAAGAAGCUUUUUGAUGUCUAUAAAAAGAACCCAAAGAAAGCUGCUGCUGGAACUUCAGACUCCACAGUGGGACAAAACAUUCUUCCAGGAUAUGAUGGGUUUUAUGCUUUUAUUUCUCAGACGGCUGGUGCUAAUGGAAAGUCCGCAUUAGACAAGUAUUUGGAUGAACCUGUUUUGGAUAUGGUGGCCUUUAAGAGCAUGGAUAUAUUAGCUUAUUGGAGAGACAACGCAAACCGGUUCAAAGAAUUGUCUGCUAUGGCCUGUGAUGUCUUGAGCAUCCCCAUUACAACAGUAGCUGCAGAAUCUUCAUUUAGCAUAGGAAGCCGAGUCUUAAAUAAGUACAGGAGUUCACUUCUUCCUUCAAAUGUGCAAGCACUGAUUUGCGCAAGGAAUUGGCUACGUGACUUUGAAGAAAUUAGUGUUCCAAUUGAGUUCCUUGAUGAAGACAAAGGUGUGAAGGAAGGAGAAGAAGAAGUUUAAGACAUUUGUGAAGAAGAAGUUCACAUUUGAAUACUUUAUUG